AUGGCGGCGGCGGCGCUGCGGUCGCGGGUGGCGGCGCUGCGCCGGCGGCUCGGCCCGCCCGGGGCCCGCGAUACCUUCUUAGCGAAAGGCUCUGCUCAUCUGGACAAGCUGAAGGACCUCUGCAACGAAGGGAAAGAACAUCCUUCCACGCUUUUUCAGCUCUAUACCCAGGCAGUCCUAGACAUCACAUAUUUUGAGGAAAACCAGCUUGUGGAUGAAGAUUUUCCAGAAGAAUCUGCCUUGCAAAAACUUAAAGAACUUAUUUCUGUUCUUUCAGAACCAGAGGACCUAGUGAGGGAAUGCGGCAUAAAAGAACCCCUCAACAUCCUUGGUGCAGAGUUGUUAGAAUGUCUUUACUGGAGAAAAGGAGCCCUGCUUUACAUGUAUUGCCACACAGCAAAAGAAAGGAGUGAAUGGCUACGAGAAAACAUUGCCACAUUUAAAAAGUGUCUUAAUGAUGGAGUUCAGUACUUGAUGAAGAUGCUUAGCUUUAGAUGCCCUCUUCAGCUAGAUGAAGAUAUCUCACAUCAAGAUAAAGACACAGCUAGAUUACUCAGUGAAGGUAUAUUUAGUGACACUCACUUACUGGCAAUGAUGUACAGUGGAGAAAUGUGCUACUGGGGACUGAAACACUGUGGAGAAGGGAAGCAGGAAAGCCUUGAGGCAGUAGAUCCUGUGUCUAACAGUGGCCUGGGCAGCAGAUCACAGAGCAUAUCGCUGGAUUUCCAAGAAACGGGGAGAAAUAUGUUAACAAAGUAUGCGGCCGUAUGUGAGGGACCCUUAAAAGGUCAAGGAUGGAACACAACAACUGCAAAACAAAUGCUGCAUUACUUUGUGAAAUCUCACAACUAAGAUCCACUGCGUUGUCUGUGCUAGAAGAAAACUCGUGGCAUCGACGUGCAGCUGAACAUCAUGUCCUUCCUCUCGCCCCAAGAUUUGUGCCGCUUGGGAAGCACGAGUUGUUACUGGAGGGUAGCUGUGCAAGACCCGUUGUUAUGGAGGUAUUUUCUCCUGCGGGAUCUUCCCUCUUGGACAUCUAUUGAUUGGAAAUCUCUUCCAGAUGAGGAGAUUUUUAAUAAAGCCUUUUCAGAGGUCAGCGACAAUGCACUGUAUGAUUACAUGGCAGUGUAAGUAUCUCCAUAUUCUCUUACAUGACUUCCAAGUAUGCCUACAGCAGUAAUAUUCAGCCCACAGGCAUGUUUCAUAUUUACAGAAAUAAAGCUCUGCUGGAAGCUGCUAUUUAAAUUUUGAUGUAUCUCAAAUCCAUUGUUUAUUUUGGAAAUAAAAUUUCCUGUUGCUCUAUGGUCUGGUCAGCUCUUUCUGUUUGAAGCUCAACAAGAAUGUAAAACAUUGUAAAAAAAACAAUGCUAAUGCUACAAAAAAUUACAGCUUUUUGUAAACUGUCUGUCUCCUGUGGCACAGAAAUACUGCUUACUGUUGAUCUUGAUAAUGAAGUGUUCUUUGCUCUCAGUGCCAUGGCAGUUAUUUUCAUAAAAGUACCAAGAAGUCUUCAAACUACAGCAAGUGAAAUGAAUCUCCAUUGUUUUUCAUGUUAUUUGGAAGACCUAAUAAUAAAAAAGUGCACAGAAUGUGCACAGAAUAACAA